GAGGAGCUCAUUCAACUACAAAUUCUCAACAAUGGCGAAUGGAAAUAAUGGACUUAAGUGAAUGUGAAAUGGAAAGAAAAUGCGUGAAUUAAGCCACUGCGAGUGCUGGAAGUGUUUAGAAAUUGAAUGAAAUAAGUGGGCAUGAAAAUAUGCCAGAGUUAUACAACAAAGACUAAUUGCAAGUGCAAAAAAAACCCCAAUAUUGUACACGGUCUUUCUCUCGCCCUCUCUCUGCCCCUCUUUGUUCCUUCGAUGUUGUGCAAAAUGAGAUUCUACGCUUUAGUUUGUAGCGUGUUUUUUUUGCUUGCCAGCGGCUCGAUUGCAUCAGCUAAGGCCACCGACUCGGCAGAAGUUGUGAGUGGCAGCAGCAGUGAAGAAAAGACGGACUGCACGGACCUGGCUCGCGAUGAGGAGGCCCUGAUGGUGUUCUCCACUUUGGGUGGCGGUCUGACGGCCAUCGAUCCGGUUACAAGUGAAAUACGCUGGACAAUAGCAGAUGAUCCCCCCAUCGUUUCCGAGCCGCAGGAGAAUCUCCAAAUGCCACACUUUCUGCCCGAUCCACGGGAUGGCAGCAUCUAUCAGCUGGGCCAGAUGGGCAGCCUCAAGAAGCUGCCCUACACCAUACCCCAACUGGUGGCCAAUGCGCCGUGUCGCUCCUCGGAUGGCAUACUGUACUCCGGCAAGAAGAGCGACACCUGGUACAUGGUGGAUCCCAAGACAGGAAGACGCGAGAAGGUCAUGGGCUUUGGGGAUGCCACAAUGGAUGGCAAGGAGGGGGAACAGAUUGGCUGGGCCACCUCGCGGGCCAUUUAUUUGGGCAGGACACAGUACACAGUGAUGAUGUUCGACAGUUUGGCCAAGGAUAAGAAUGCCAAGCCAUGGAAUAUCACAUUUUAUGACUACAAUGCGUUGAGUGCACCGCCAGAGCUGGUCAAGGAGUAUGAGUACAUCCACCUGACGACCACCACAAAUGGACAGAUCGUAACCCUAGAUCGCAAACAGGGAAAAUUCUUGUGGCAGCGAGAUCUGAGCAGUCCCGUGGUGGCUGCCUUUCUGCUGGGACCUGAUGGCCUGCUAAGUGUGCCUUUUACCACCCUCUCGGAUGAGGCCUAUCAGGCGAUACUCGAGGAAUCUAAAACAGGGAAUGUAAACACUGUGAAACUAUUUCAAUCGCUGUAUGUGGGCGAGCACCAGAGUGGCUUGUAUGCCAUUCCCUCGCUGGUGGAUAAGAAUACGGCAAGGAUUUCCACCACACCACCCGUAAAACUGCUCGACGGACCCGUUGGCGAGCAGAACACAAACAAGGAAACGGAUCCCAAGACCGUUUACAUCAAUGAUGUGCUGCACGAGCAUGCGGGCAUCAUGCUGGGCCACUACAAUAUGCCCAAUGAAGGGCAAGCCAAUCUGCAGCUAUCCCCCACGCCAGCGGGUGUCAAAGAUGUCCAGAGUCUGGCGACCAUCGACAACUACAACGAUGGCUAUGGCCUGUUGGCCAACAAUGAGAAGAAUGCCGCCGACAUUGGCGUGCAAACGGAUCCGGAACUCGUGGAGAUGGGCAUUAAUCAGCGUACAAACAGCAAUACAAUCAAUCGUACCAAGACCAUCAUCCUGCAGAACAGCAACAAGGUGCAGGCAUUCAUCAAUGAGUGGUUCAUGGAGCAUCCAAGCGGAAAGGUGCACCAAAUACUGAUUGUCAUUGUUCUCGGGAUGAUUGCCCUGUUCUGGUACACGUGCAGCACCAUGCGGGAGCUGCAGAAGCAGAGCGAGAAUGGAUCCAAAACGCUGGCCCUGACUGCGGAUGGUACAAACGGCAGCGGCAGCAAGGGGAGCAACGGCAGCAACAUCAGUGCCGAGGAUCUGGUGGAUCUGGGCAACGGCCAGGUGCGUGUCGGCAAGAUCAGCUUCAAUUCGAACGAAGUGCUGGGCAAGGGCUGCGAGGGCACCUUCGUCUUCAAGGGCUCCUUCGAGGAGAGGUCUGUGGCCGUCAAGCGACUCCUGCCCGAAUGCUUUACCUUUGCGGAUCGCGAGGUGGCGCUGCUCCGCGAAUCGGAUGCCCAUGAGAAUGUUGUGCGCUAUUUCUGCACCGAACAGGAUCGUCAGUUCCGCUACAUAGCCGUGGAGUUGUGUGCCGCCACGCUGCAGGACUACACCGAAGGCGAUCGUUCGCUGGAGCUGCAGCAUCACAUUGAUGUGUGGCAGGUGCUGGGCCAGGCAGCCUCCGGACUGAGUCAUCUGCACUCCCUGGACAUUGUCCAUCGCGAUAUCAAGCCACAGAAUGUUCUGAUCUCGCUGCCCGAUGCCAAGGGCAAGGUGCGAGUGAUGAUCUCUGAUUUUGGUCUGUGCAAAAAGUUGAAUUUCGGCAAGACAAGCUUCUCCCGCCGUUCGGGCGUUACGGGUACAGAUGGUUGGAUAGCGCCCGAAAUGAUGAGGGCCCAAAGAACGACCACCGCUGUGGAUAUCUUCUCGCUGGGCUGCGUCUACUAUUAUGUGCUGAGUGGCGGCCAUCAUGCCUUUGGGGACAAUCUGAAGCGUCAGGCCAACAUACUCUCCCAUGAGUACAAUCUGUCGAAGCUGCGCUCCGAUGAUGACAGCGACAAUAGCAAGACCGUUCUUGCUGAGCAGCUAAUUUCCGACAUGAUACACAAGGAUGCCCAAUCGCGUCCACCCGCACGCUGUAUUGGCAAUCAUCCUUUGUUUUGGGAUGAGCCCAAAAUGCUCUCCUUCCUGCAGGACGUGAGCGAUCGUGUGGAGAAACUGCAGUUCCAUGCAGAGCCUCUCAAAUCGCUGGAGAAGAAUGGACGCAUUGUGGUCCUGGAUGAUUGGAAUGAGCAUUUGGAUCCCAUGAUCACAGACGAUCUGCGCAAAUAUCGCGGCUAUAUGGGCGCCAGUGUGCGAGAUCUGUUGAGGGCGCUGCGCAACAAGAAGCAUCAUUAUCAUGAGCUGACGCCAGCGGCCCAGGAGAUGCUCGGUUGCAUACCGCACGAGUUCACCAACUACUGGGUGGAUCGCUUCCCGCAGCUCAUCUCGCACGCCUAUCACGCCUUCAGUAUUUGCUCGAAUGAGCCCAUCUUCAAGCCGUACUACAGUGCUGGCUAUCACUUUUCGCGUCCAUGGUACUUUGAUGCCGACGAUGCGCUGUUUCCCCUGCUGAUGCGGGAUCCCAAGCCACUGCCGAAGAUGGGCAGCCCCAAGAAGACGCCGCCAUCCAUGGCCAGUCAACAGCUGCAGCUGCAGCAGCAAUUGAAGCUGCGUAAGGGUGCGUAUAACUUCCGCAAGGCCAGCGAUGAGCUGCCCAUCGCGGGAGUGGGACUGCAGCGGAACCUAGAGCUGGAUGCCAGCCACCACCAGUCCCUGGCGAUGGAUGGUGAUCCCAAGCGGGAUGUAUUUGCCAAUUUCAAGUUCCGUCGUUCAAAGGCGGCGGCCAAUCGCAGCACCUACAAGGACACGCAGGAGAAGGAGAAGUACGUGAGCUGGACUUUGCCGCCCACAACGCAGGACUAGGACACACAGAUAAAUCAUUUAUUUAUCAUUUAGAUGCAAUCAUUUAUUGAUUAAUUAAUUAUUAUAUUAUAUUUUUAGUAAUAUGUUGUGCAAUUUGUGUAUAUGCAGAGAAAACUAUUCCAAAACCAAUUCCCUAUAAUUCAGUAGCAAAAAGAUAAUGUACGAAUGUGAAACUAUAUAUUUUGUAUACCAGCAGCGAUGGAUAAUGUUAAUAGAGAGGAUAACGAUAAUGAUAAUGAUAUAGAUGUAUAGUGUGUGGUGUAUCCGUCGUCUGUCGAAUGCACGCAAUUUAACUGUGAUAAUUUUUAUUUUUCUGUUUUUGAUAUUCUAUGUAAUGAUGUAAUAAUGCCCGAGUGCAAAGAAAUGAUCUAGACAAAUACGAGUUGGAGUUUUAUAUUAGAUAUACUUAGAUACUAUAUUUAUGCAUUAGUUAAGCGCCCCCACCCCCACCCCCUGCUGUACUUCCAGGCAGGGAGCGGAAUCCCCCACUCCCCUCCCAUCCACUGACAAGCGGAAUAUUUAAUUCUAAAAAUCACUUAGUAUUAGUUUUUGAGUGAAGAAAAGAAAAAAAGAGAGGGGAAAGAGGUCCUCAUUGUGCGAAUUUUAUCUGAAUGCAUUUUCUAGCAAGUCUUUAAAUCUUAAUCAAAAAUGAAAAACUAAAUAAAAAUGUAA